GACUUCCCUUUAAACCGAGUCGCCGAGGCUGAAGCAGGAAGAGCUGUGCGCGGAGACGGAUUCGCUCAUUUCUAAUGGGACGCGGCAGUGGCGCUUGACUGCGGGAGACACCGGGGAUGGAUCACGUGCCGCUCAGUCUAAAGGGAAGGGGCGGGGCCCAAAGACUGACAUGAAAUCACCGCUGGGGGAGGGGGAUGGCGGCCGGCAAGUCUUUCAGCAGAACCGGGAGGAGAGAGGCCGAGACCGGGGAUUUGGACCGAUCGCUGCAGCAAAUGAUCUCGGCCAUUGUGGAUGAGAGAAAUCGUCUCAAUAUCCGCCAGGAGAUCAGCGGCCUGAGUUGUUUCAAGGAUGAUCGGAUUGUGUUCUGGACCUGGAUGUACUCCACGUAUUUCAUGGAGAGGUGGGCCCCCCGGCAGGACGACAUGCUCUUCUAUGUGCGACGCAAACCUGCGUAUAUGGGCCCCGACGGGAAUGAGGGGAGGAAGCAGGUUGAGGUCGAGGUCUAUCGAAAGGACUCCAAGAAGCUCCCUGGUCUGGGAGACCCUGAUAUUGACUGGGAAGAGAGCGUCUACUUGAACCUUAUCCUACAGAAGCUGGAUUACAUUGUGACCUGUGCCGUGUGCACUCGCUCCGACGCCGGCGAUAUUCACAUUCAUAAGAAGAAAUCUCAGCAAGUAUUCGCCUCGCCCAGCAAACACCCCAUGGACAGCAAAGGGGAGGAGUCCAAGAUCAGUUACCCCAAUAUCUUCUUCAUGAUCGACAACUUCGAAGAGGUAUUUAGCGACAUGACGGUGGGAGAAGGGGAAAUGGUCUGCGUGGAGCUUGUGGCCCGAGACAAAACCAACACGUUCCAAGGAGUCAUAUUCCAGGGCUCCAUCCGAUAUGAGGCGCUCAAGAAAGUGUAUGACAACCGCGUCAGUGUAGCAGCAAAGAUGGCUCAGAAGAUGUCGUUUGGUUUGUACAAGUACAAUAACAUGGAGUUUGUGCGUAUGAAGGGGCCCCAAGGUAAGGGCCACGCAGAGAUGGCGGUGACACGAGUAUCUACAGGGGACACUUCUCCUUAUGGUACAGAAGACGACUCUAACCCGGGAUCCCCAAUGCACGAGCGGUAUCAGGUGACCUCGUUCAGCACCCCCCCCACUCCCGAGCGCAACAACCGCCCCUCUUUCUUCUCGCCGUCGCUAAAGAGAAAAGUCCCCCGAAACCGCAUCGAUGAAAUGAAGAAAUCGCAUUCGGCAAACGACAGCGAGGAGUUUUUCAGAGACGGCGACGAUGACGGAGAUCUUCAUAUAACCAACCUGAGGUCGCGCUCAUUAUCGGGGACGGGUCGCUCGCUGGUGGGGUCGUGGCUGAAACUGAACAGGACGGAGGAGAACACUCUACUCUAUGCACAUCUAACCUACGUCACUUUGCCACUGCUUCGCAUCUUGUCCGAUAUUUUGGACGUGCGACAGAAGCCCAUUCUGAUGUCGUAGUGAAGGAACAGCCGGCGCCUCCAACGUUUGGGGCGGUGCCAAAGUGCCUAAUCGACUUCCUGUGAUUUGUUGUUUCAGCAACGGCGCCAACUAGUGUCAGCGAACAAGAAACCAGAGACCUGUAGUGUUUCAGCCCGCUGCAGCCACAAAGAGGUUAACCGUAAAAAAAAAAAAAAACUACCAGCCAAUCAGAAGUGCCUCUUUUUAACCCUUCCUCCAGGCUUGUGAAAUAUUUAACGGUGUCUCGGAAAAAGAGCGAGUGGGGAGGGACUUUGUACCUUUAAAAAGGGGGCUCUGUUUAACAAGGAAACGAGAAUUCGCUUUACGAACAACUUGUGAUACUUUGUUACAAACGGUAAUGCUGAUGCUGUCCCGCCUCCAGAAAGGAAAACGAAUAGUGUACUACAACUCCCAGCAUCCUUUAGUGGACGGUGGCUGUUGAGGAGGAAAGACCAUUUCUGCUUUGAUGUUUGCAGAUUAUUCAUAAAUGACCGGUAUUUCAUUGCUUGCAUUUAACCGUCCUUACAAUCCGCUUGCAGCGAUUAGCUCUGCUUCCUGGUUCUGUGCUUAGCCCCGCCCUCCAUGGGCCGGACCGUGAACUUUUUUUUCUUUAUUUCCUGGCGAUGAAACCUUUCCCAUUGGCGCUUAAGCUGUCAGUACUGUAGACAUCUCCAUCUGCUGGUCAGCACAUAACAUUACGGCUCAGACUAAAACAAAAUGGCAGCUUCCCUACAACAGAGCAAGAGAAGGAAGGAUGUUUGUAACGACUGCACUAAAAACAUUUUUAUAGUAUAUAUCCUAAUUUUAAUGAUUUUUAUAUAGAAUUACCUUGAUUUUCAGACCAACGUCACUGCCCCUUUAACCCUUCUUACGCCUUGCGUUAAAUGGACGCGUAAGUGGAGCAGGCCGACGCUUGGAACGUUAUUGGGUGCGGCUUAACAUUUUUUUAAUGCAAAAAGGAUGUAGGUUUAGUGCAGCUUAUGAAUGUUUUUGUAUUCGUCAGUAGGGGAGGUGCGUAUUUGGGUAAAUGGGGGUGUAACAUAAUCAUCAUCAUCAUCGGUGGUCUGUUUGCAAUGCGUGUGUACGGAAUAAUUCAUGUGCCGUUAAGAAUCAAAAGAGUGUGUGCUUAGCUGGCUUGUGGCUCCCGCAGGCAAUGGGGCAGUUGUAGGUGAUUCUAAAGGGAAUGCCACCGUAUUGGACGGUUUCCCCUUUAAAAGGAAACAUUGCUGAGUAUCAAGCAGAGGACCUCUUAUACUGUGGGUCUGUAAUUUGAUAUCGCAUCUAGAUCAAGGUUGUCCCUUCUCCUGUUUUUGAGCUGACAGUCGAUGCCGGCAGUCGCCACACAAGAGCAGGGUAAGCAAUUGGGGUGUUGCGUCUUUAUUUCUAACGGAUAUUUAAUAGAGGAGCUUGAACAAUUUCCUGCUGCGAGAUCCGAUAUCCGUGUUCUGCCCCCCCAAUUAUCCUGGUAAAUAAGCACUUAAAAUUCCAAAGAAAUCUCGGAGUAUACAAAGAUUAUUUGCUGAUAUCGACUCUCCGUGAGGUACAAGGGAAUCAAAUAUCGGGAAAUUCUACCGGCCGCCCGUUGGUCAGCAACACGUUCAUGGCUGAAUUGCAUCGGUCGCGUAUUCAGGACACGGACUUCUUGUCCUGUACCAAAUACACGUUAAUCAUCUCCCGAGACCUCGCUUUAACCUAAGUGACCUCUUGGCUUCUUUGGUAGGUAUGCGUUUUCCUGGGGUUGGACCUUGAAGAACCGGGCGGUGGCAAAUCUCAUUGAGAAUGUAGAUGCUUUGUGGUUUCAUUAGGAGAUUAAAGGUGGCCAUGGCCGGUGAAUGUUUUUUUGGGUCAGCGGGUUGUCAAUUGCUUCUCAAGCCACCUGCUGUCUACUUAGGAAUAAACUCAUGCCCACCCAUUAUCCCUCUGUGGUGGUGUCCGAUUGGAUGGGUUGGGCGAGGUUAAGUAAUGAAGGCUCACUACGUCAGGAGGAGUAGGGUCGUGUCCUUUUUUUGACAACCCCCGACGAUGCACCAAAUCCAAGAUUCCGAUUUUUGGAUUCGGAUUCAUCCGAACAACAACGUGGUUUAUUCUGCGUUGUUUUUUACGCGGUUCUUUUUAAUGAUUUAAUUUGCAAAUAAGGGUUCGGACUUGACCGAAUCCUCCAUGAAAGAUUCGGUGCAUCCCUUAUAGGAAUGCUGGGCAACGGUUGCCGACAGUUUUGUACAAUAUUACAAAGGUCAGUUUGUUGAUUGGGCAGGUUUGGAUACGGGGGGGGGUCGCUUGUAUGAUAUCCGUCCCAUUGGCAGGAGCAGAUGGGUUGGAUCGCAUAGACGGUUGGCCAAUGUAUGAGAUGUAUCCAAUGACUCCUGAAAUGUACGGGGUCAUGUAUCCGGGCACGUCCCCGCAUCUGGCAGAGAUCCGAAAAUACCAAAUGUGAUUCACUCGUCCUUUCUGUCCAACUGUUGACUCGAUGUCCUGCGGGGUGUUUUGUUCCUCGUUGUCUGUAUUGUGAUAUUUAUUGAUUUACGUUUUUGUUUUAUCUUUGUAAAUUCCGCUUGUGUAUUCCAUACGGCUAGUCUGUCGAAAAGUAUUAUGGUCACGGCCGAGGGGAACCAAGUGGCCCCUGCGGAAAUAAAUUAGUAGGUCUCAGAAAUAAAAAAUUUUACACAACCAAAAGGCUUCAGCUUCCAAAAAUCUCAAUGGGUUGAGUGGUUCAAUGGCCGGAUCGAACUCGACAAAGAGGGCAUAUCCAUCUGCUUCAUGUGUCCUGACAAUGACAAAUUCGUUCCUCCCUCCCCUUUAAAUUACACGCUUGCACCUGCCCCCUCCAGUGACAUCAGCAACAGGCGGGAUUUACAUAAUAGCACGCUGGGUCGCAAGAUGGCAGUUAGUGUCCUGCCAAUCAAAGUCUGAUCCACAACACAAUUCCAAGGGAUUGCGGCAAAUCAUAUAAAAAUAUCUUCCCACUUUGAGAAUUUACAAAAAGAAGGUAAGAUUUUCAUCAAUCCAGAUUUGUGAAUUGUCCAAAUUUUUCAACAAAUUGCUACUUGAAGAUUUUUGAUAAACCUGUAAAAGAUUGUGAUUUCCCCUAAAGGGAGGUUCCUAGUAGGGCAAACGGUAAUGGGUUCAGAAUCAGCGACUGUUUUAUUCGAUCAUUUUUAUAACAUUUCAAAGUCUGCAAAAAUCAAUUCGAAAGCCGCAAAAUCGACUGAACCUGAACAUAAAAUGUCGACGUGGACCUGC